AGCCGCCAGGCGCAAGCGCAGUGUCCCCGGGCCAAGAUGGCUGCGCGGUGUUCCGCACGUUGGUUGCUAGUGGCUUUGGGGGCCCCCCGGCUGCCGGCUGCAGCGGGGAGAGGGGUCCGACCGCUUCAGGGUGGCGUCGUGGGGGCGUCCCUGGGCCGUAAGCUGAGUGUCUCUGCCUUCGCGCUUUCCCUGGGCGCUUGCGGCCCCCGGGCGCUGCUGACAUUGAGACCUGGUGUCAGCCUCACAGGAACAAAAAGUUACUCUUUUGUUUGUACUGCCUCCUUCCACACAAGCACUUCUUUUUCUAAAGAUGAUUAUUACCAGAUAUUAGGAGUGUCCCGAAAUGCCAGUCAGAAAGACAUCAAGAAAGCCUAUUACCAGCUUGCCAAGAAGUAUCACCCUGACACAAAUAAGGAUGAUCCCAAAGCCAAGGAGAAGUUCUCCCAGCUGGCAGAAGCCUAUGAGGUGUUGAGCGAUGAAGUAAAGAGAAAGCAGUAUGAUACUUAUGGCUCUGCCGGCUUUGAUCCUGGGGCCAGCAGCUCUGGCCAGAGCUACUGGAGGGGAGGGCCCUCUGUUGACCCGGAGGAGCUAUUCAGGAAGAUCUUUGGGGAGUUCUCAUCAUCUUCCUUUGGAGAUUUUCAGACUGUGUUUGAUCAACCUCAGGAAUAUAUCAUGGAGUUGACAUUCAAUCAAGCUGCCAAGGGCGUCAACAAGGAGUUUACUGUGAACAUCAUGGAUACCUGUGAGCGCUGUGAUGGCAAAGGGAAUGAGCCUGGAACCAAACUGCAGCAUUGCCACUACUGCAGCGGCUCUGGCAUGGAAACCAUCAAUACAGGCCCUUUUGUGAUGCGUUCCACUUGUCGGAGAUGUGGGGGCCGAGGCUCUAUCUUCACAACUCCUUGUGUGGUCUGUAGAGGAGCAGGGCAAGCCAAGCAGAAGAAGCGAGUGAUGAUCCCUGUGCCCGCAGGAGUUGAAGAUGGCCAAACUGUGAGGAUGCCUGUAGGAAAACGAGAAAUUUUUGUCACAUUCAGGGUACAGAAAAGCCCUGUGUUCCGGAGGGACGGUGCAGACAUCCAUUCCGAUCUCUUUAUUUCAAUAGCUCAGGCUAUUCUUGGGGGAACAGCCAGAGCCCAGGGCCUGUAUGAGACAAUUAAUGUGGUGAUACCUGCUGGGAUUCAGACAGACCAGAAGAUGCGCUUCAGUGGGAAAGGUAUCCCUCGGAUUAAUAGCUAUGGUUAUGGUGACCACUACAUUCACAUCAAGAUCAGAGUUCCAAAGAGGUUAACCAGUCGGCAGCAGAGUCUGAUCCUGAGCUACGCCGAGGAUGAGACUGACGUGGAGGGGACAGUGAACGGUGUCACUCAUACAAGCACUGGUGGCAGGACCAUGGAUAGCUCCGCAGGAAGCAAGGAUAGGCGAGAGGCUGGGGAGGACAAUGAGGGAUUCCUUUCCAAACUUAAGAAAAUGUUUACUUCCUGAUAUCCUUGCCGAGGAAAACGGUCGACUGGAAACUAGAGCAGGAGUAGCAGCUCCUCUUCAUAGCCAGGGCCUCAGACACGGGAGGAUCCUGGAACAGCAGUACCAAGCGCCUGUCUACAGAACACUUUGGACCGCCCAGCAACAGCAAAUCUAUGUGAAGACACCUCUCUACACAGAAGGUCAUGGUGGACAGCCCCUAGGCAAUGACAUAUAGCCCUCUGGGGCUAGUGGAAAUUUCCUGUCCACUGGUAGGUAACUUGCUUCUGGCUCAGGCAUUCGACACUUGGACUAUUCUUGCAGAACUAAAAGUAAUUUGGAAUCUAAUGUGGUGGAGAUCCUAAAGAAUUAAAGGCCAUGCUUACAGCUUAAAAUGAAGCCUUAAGCUGCAAACGUUGUGAAGUGAUUUUCUUCUCAGCAAACCUGGAGGUUCUGGAAUAUAUCCUUCCUGGCAGGUGGUCUUCUCCACGAGUGAGGGACUAUACACCUGAUCAGCACCAGCAGGUUCUGCUGAGGUAUCAGUCACCCCUCUUGGAGUUUGUUUUUGAUUACUGAAGGUACCAAGCAGCUAGAAAGUGGGUGCUGGGUCUCUGGGAGGAAUACUUCUGGAACACAGGCUUUCCUUCUACUUCACCUCAGAUGACUAUUUGCCCAACUGCUGAGUUAGGUUGUUCUAACCAGAUGUGGUGGGGCUCUUGUCUUUCUGCUUGGCUGACGCUACCAUGGCCAUUUGGGACAGACUACUUCCUCCAUGGGGACCCAGAGCUUUGCCAGCUAGGGCUUGCUUCUCCCCACUUCUGCUGACCUUUAUUUUUCCAAAGUGUAUUUAAAUUACUCAGUGAUAACAAUCAUUGUCUUUUCUUCUGUAAAUGUUCAAGGGGAGAAAGCACAGUGUAAUUCGUGAAGGCUCUCCACCAUGCACAGGAAACCUGUCCCCAACCUUUGCUGGUAACAUGCUGUGAUUUCCAUGUGUUCUAAGGUCCUGGAGCUAGCAUAAGGCAGGCUGAUGAAGAACAUGUUCUCAGUAGUUCAUUUCUUUCCCUUUAUAAUUUACAAAAGUAAAGCAUUUAUUAGUAUCUGAUUUGAGAAUGUAAAGUGAUUCUGUAUCAAUGUAAAUAAGAUAAUCUACAAAAGAUAUUUAAAAACCUAAA